AUGUCUUCUCCAUGGCAAACCAACCACUUUAUGCUUCACGCUAUCACACAAUCGCACGCCGCCGUGUUCUACUCCUAUCCCAUGCCCGACGCUGCUGGUGAGGAAACCAGAGACGGCAGCCCCGCCUCUGCGAGGUCCCCAGCAUUCUCCAUCAUUUCUCUGCCCCCCCUUCUGGCCAGGACAGAAAAACUGCAACCGCAUGUGCACGCGUGCACUCCGUUAUUGCAACCAAGGAAUGCAGAUGAGCCGUGGCAGCGGCAUGAUGGCCCGCGCUGGCGAGCCAGCCACCAUUCGCCUUCCAGCAAAGCGUCCAACACACUUAUUUCAUGCCUUGGGGUUCCCUGA